CACAUACUUGGAAAGGUUUAUUCUGAAGAAGAACUCUUCACAUGCUUUUAGUGAUGAACUCGUCCUUACAGUUACGUAUACUAGAACUUAACCUAAGUGGCUUAGAGGGUAACAUAACAGAGCCAACAAGCAAAACCAAGGUUUCACCAUGCGAUCAAGUGGUAAUAGCUGCAGAGGUGUUUCUAACACUUGGAAUUGUGAGCCUCCUUGAGAACAUCUUAGUCAUCUGUGCUGUCAUCAAAAAUAAGAAUUUGCAUUCCCCUAUGUAUUUUUUUGUAUGUAGCUUAGCAGUGGCUGAUAUGUUAGUUAGUGUGUCCAAUGCAUGGGAGACAAUAACAAUAAAUCUCAUAAAACACAAGUUUUUAAUUAUGGAAGAUGCCUUUAUACGUCAUGUAGACAAUGUCUUUGACUCAAUGAUCUGCAUUUCAGUGGUGGCUUCCAUGUGCAGCCUGCUUGCCAUUGCAGUAGACAGAUACAUCACUAUCUUCUAUGCUUUACGUUAUCAUAACAUCAUGACGAUGAAAAGAUCAGGAAUCAUUAUUGCAUGUAUAUGGACAUUCUGCACCGGAUGUGGGAUUAUUUUCAUCCUUUAUUAUGAAUCACCUUAUGUCAUAAUAUGUCUAAUUACAAUGUUUUUCACCAUGUUGCUCCUGAUGGUAUCACUGUAUAUCCAUAUGUUCCUGUUAGCUCGUACUCAUGUAAAAAAGAUAGCUGCUUUACCUGGCUACAACUCAGUUCAUCAGAGGACAAGUAUGAAAGGGGCAAUCACACUAACUAUAUUAAUAGGCAUUUUUAUCGUGUGCUGGGCUCCAUUCUUUCUCCACUUGAUUCUGAUGAUCUCUUGUCCACAGAACCUGUAUUGUUUAUGUUUUAUGUCUCACUUUAAUAUGUACCUGAUUCUAAUAAUGUGCAAUUCUGUUAUUGAUCCUUUGAUAUAUGCAUUUCGCAGUCAGGAAAUGAGAAAAACUUUCAAGGAAAUUAUUUGCUGCUGCAGUCUAAGAAUUGUUUGUGAUUUUCCUACCGAAUACUGAAAAAAAAACUUUCCGAACAUAAAGUGGAGUAAUUUUAAUGCCAUUGAAUAUCACAAAUAAGUCAUGACAAUUUACAAUACAUUUACUGUCAACAUGUUGUGUGGUGAACAUAUUUAUGUUCGUAAACAUUACUAACGGGUUUAUUUAUUAAGGUAAGAGUUCAAAAUGAAUUCAGAGUGAAUUUCAAUUAUAAGACUAAAAUAGCCAAACUGGAAAUAUUCUGCAAGUCAAUUAUGCUUCCAUUUUGGCUAUUUUAGCCUUAUACUUGAAAUUCUAUUUGAAUUCCACACACUUUAGUGAAAAACUCUGUUGGUCAGCUAUACGUUCCGUUAGGCUAUUUUGACCAUAAAUCUGCAAUUCUGUAAUUAGUAUGUUUAUGUGUUAAUUAACUAAUGAAAAUAUGUGAUAAACAGUACUAUGUUUCCAG